AUGAACAAUGAUGACUUUCUCGACGAUCAGAAUGCAUUCAUUGUUUAUGGAUUCUUCCCUCAAUACUUGAUAUUCUACAUUGCAUGGGUAUACAAAGCGCUCCCCAUACUGGCGUACGAGCAACCCAUCAUCAACUUUCUAGACAACAACUUCUAUAUGCUUGAACGUGGCCCAUGCGGCAACAGCACAUGUACAUCACGCGCGAACCUAAUCAACACAAAUCGCUUCAUCACUUUCCGCACAUACGUGCCGCCACCCUACCCCCUGGAAUGGGACUGGGACGAUCUGCUCUUCUCCGACCGCGCAAUUAUCCAAAUCACAUCGAUUGACUUGGACCAGCACAUGACGAUACGUCGUAUCUUCCAUCGAUUGCCCGUGCCAGUGUGCGAUGGACUCCCUAGCGGCACGUCUUGUGCCCGGCCCAAGGACAACCUGGGCACAUACCAACAGGAGAACUACAGUUGCUUCAAGUUCAAGAAGUGUAUACCGACCACUGUCUACCCUUCUGCACAAUGUGCCAUUCCCAAUAUACCAAGAGACGUGUACACUGGCUACCAAAUGGUCAACUACUAUGAGUACCCAAGUACAUGUGUCAAGAAUGCAUUCCAACCAAAUCGAUGGCUAAUCUAUAAUAUAUCGUCAAUAAAAUGA